AUGGGGGCUUUUCCAAACAGGGCCAACAAGCAGCAAUACGUGCCGGGAAUCCCCUACAACCCCUACAACCCCUACAGCCCCUACAACCCCUACAGCCCCUACAGCCCCUACAACCCCUACAGCCCCUACAGCCCCUACAACCCCUACAGCCCCUACAGCCCCUACAGCCCCUACAGCCCUACAGCCCCUACAACCCCUACAACCCCUACAGCCCCUACAACCCCUACAGCCCCUACAGCCCCUACAGCCCCUACAACCCCUACAGCCCCUACAACCCCUACAGCCCCUACAACCCCUACAGCCCCUACAACCCCUACAGCCCCUACAGCUCCUACAACCCCUACAGCCCCUACAACCCCUACAGCCCCUACAACCCCUAAAGCCCCUACACCCUACAGCCCCUACAACCCCUACAACCCCUACAACCCCUACAGCCCCUACAACCCCUACAGCCCCUACAACCCCUACAACCCCUACAGCCCCUACAACCCCUACAGCCCCUACAGCCCCUACAGCCCCUACAGCCCCUACAACCCCUACAGCCCCUACAACCCCUACAGCCCCUACAGCCCCUACAACCCCUACAGCCCCUACAGCCCCUACAACCCCUACAGCCCUACAGCCCUACAGCCCCUACAACCCCUACAGCCCUACAGCCCCUACAACCCCUACACCCCCUACAACCCCUACAACCCCUACAGCCCCUACAGCCCCUUCAGCCCCUACAGCCCAAUCAUGACGGAGGACACAGACAGAGUAGAAAUAGACGGAAUUUACACAGGCACCAAAACUAUUCUGAUUCCCCAACCCUCAGCCCCAACCCACCACCAACAGCCCCAACCCUCAGCCCCAACCCACCACCAACAGCCCCAACCCACCACCAACAGCCCCAACCCUCAGCCCCAACCCACCACCAACAGCCCCAACCCUCAGUCCCAACCCACCACCAACACCCCAACCCUCAGCCCCAACCCUCAGCCCCAACCCACCACCAACAGCCCCAACCCUCAGUCCCAACCCACCACCAACAGCCCCAACCCUCAGCCCCACCCACCACCAACAGCCCCAACCCUCAGCCCCACCCACCACCAACAGCCCCAACCCACCACCAACAGCCCCAACCCUCAGCCCAACCCACCACCAACAGCCCCAACCCUCAGCCCCAACCCACCACCAACAGCCCCAACCCUCAGCCCCACCCACCACCAACAGCCCCAACCCUCAGCCCCACCCACCACCAACAGCCCCAACCCACCACCAACAGCCCCAACCCUCAGCCCAACUCACCACCAACAGCCCCAACCCUCAGUCCCAACCCACCACCAACAGCCCCAACCCUCAGCCCAACCCACCACCAACAGCCCCAACCCUCAGCCCAACCCACCACCAACAGCCCCAACCCACCACCAACAGCCCCAACCCUCAGCCCCAACCCACCACCAACAGCCCCAACCCACCACCAACAGCCCCAACCCUCAGCCCAACCCACCACCAACAGCCCCAACCCACCAGCAACAGCCCCAACCCUCAGUCCCAACCCACCACCAACAGCCCCAACCCUCAGUCCCAACCCACCACCAACAGCCCCAACCCUCAGCCCAACCCACCACCAACAGCCCCAGCAGAGAGCAGGGCAGACAUGUGCAUUAA